AUGAAUUUGUAUAAAAGAAGUUAUAGUCAGUUUCAACAAUAUUCAGUAGCAUCAACAACAACAACAACAACGAUGACAGAGAAUAACCAUGUUAUUUCAAGAGUUUUCUCAAACAAAGUGAUAUUGAACCACAUCUUUUUGAUGAUGGGUGGUGGAAAUCUAAAGCCAAUACCUCAUGCCCCUAUUUUCUAUAGUAUCAACAAUGUCAAUGGUGAGGAUCAGUAUUCGUUGGUCGACGUUUUGGACAUCGAGAUAAAUCCUAUUCCCAAUGCAAUGAAACAGAUGGGUAAGCCCAAACGAUUUCCAAUGAAUAGCUAUCCGUCCUACAAGUACAAAGAGAUCGCUCACCUCAACUGGAUUCUCGAUAACAAAUAUUUUUCACUGCUGAGAGAGAAGCUCAAGAAUAACGAGUACCUAAUAGUGAAUCCCAGUUCUCCAUUCAAGUUAUUCACAAAAUUCAACAUCGACGACGACCAACUUUUCAUUGAUACCCUCAGUUAUAUCAAUUCAGUAGAGUUCCCACUGGACCAAGACACAUCAACAGCGAUCACCAUCAGAGAGCCAAUCGUUGAGAAUACUCGUAGUUACCUGAAAAUGACCCCAAGGAUUUUAGAGUUUCUUCUCAGUGACGGUGGAUACUCUAUUCAUCACAGAGAUUUCAUGUAUGCAAUUUGCGAUAAGCGAGAGGAUUUGAUGGAGGUGUUAAUUAGGUUGGCACAUAGUUUGACACCCAGUGAAGAAGGUCUGCUUCUCAACUAUCUGCAAAGCGAGAAACACUUUGAUGUUUUGGAGCGAUUAUCGUCCCACUUGAAAGGAUUGUCCAGACCACCACCCAAAGCCAACAACAAUGACCUCGUUGUUCAUUGCCAAAGACUGAGUGCACUGUUUAACUUGAACAAUAUCCAGUUGCUUCAAAAGCUUCAUAAAGAUCAUGGUCUAUUUAUGAUGCUCGAACCAAUUCAAUAUUUAAUCGCGAACAAGUACCAAGAAUCCAAAGAAAUCAUAGCAUUCGCUUUGAAUAUCUAUCGUCAACAGAUUGUCGAUGCCAAGAUAGGAUCAACUGACGAUGGACUUUUGGAAUCAGUCAUACAGUUUGGAUUUAGACUAAAGCCAGGUCAAACACCAUCAUCAGCAUCAACAACUGCAACUUUUUCUUCUUCAUCUUCAUCAAACUAUUCCCAUGUUCAACCAUUAUCAACAACAUCAACAAUCUCUCACCCCCCAACUACUACACCACACUAUUCAACGGGAAUGACAUUAGGUUCAACUGCACCAUAUGCAAGUGGACUUUACCAACAACCAACUUUACCAACACAAUUAACUACAGCAACAACAACAGCAACUAACACUAACUCAUCAACUACUACACCACAUCUAUCAACAGGAAUGUCAUUAGGAUCGCCACUUCUCUCUAGCUCAGUAUCUGCACCAAUCAAUAGAAGAGGACUUUACCAACAGCCACCAUUACCAACACCAUUAACAACAACAUCAUCAUCUGUCUCUAACACAUCAAAUGUACACUAUCAACCAUUAUCAACAACAUCAACAAUCUCUCACCUCUCAACUACUACACCACACUAUUCAACGGGAAUGACAUUAGGAUCAACUGCACCAUAUGAAACCAGUGGACUUUACCAACUACCAUCUUUACCAACACCAUUAACAACUACAUUUGCUACACAACACAAUCCAGCAGGAAUGAUGUUAUCAUCUGCACCAUACGAAACACCUAUGUCAUACCAUCUACCACCAUUUACAACACCAUCUGUCCCUAAUGAAUCAGCUGCACAAUACCAAUCUACAAAUAUUUUAAGUUAUGCACCAUCAACAACAUCUACCGUUUAUAAUUCAAAUACUCCACAAUAUAUCGAAAGAUACAAUCAGCGAGACCAUAGUUUGGCUAGGCCAUUAGGAACAACUAUGACGACGGGUGGCUAUCAAUUAUCCUCGGCUAUAAUAGGUUUGACCAACCAAGUGUCAUACAACUCCAGACUGAAGACAGAUAGUGCUACAGAGGAUAAAUUCUAUGGUCCAGCCAAUUUGCAAUUGAAAUCGGAUUUGAACGGGAGCGAGGUUGCUAAUUUGCUUUCGGUUCACUUUCCUCUGGUUGCUUCAGCAAUGAUUCCCUUCUUGCCAAGAACCGAUAAUCAUUUGUGUUUUGUCAAAUACCUUUUGGAUAAUACACCAUGCGAGUCGAUCUAUGUCACACAGUUGGUUGCUGCUGCCAAUGGAUGUUUCGAUAUCUUCAAGCUGAUCGAUCAACACCCGAGAUAUCUUCAAUCCUUAGAAGCAUCGAAAGUAGAGUUUGCCAAAAACAAUCGUGGCAAUGGAAUUGAAUCAUUCACCAAUGAGUUGUUACUAAGGAUUUCACUUCUCUACUAUCGUUACGAUAUUGCCGAGUACCUAGUCUCGCGUUAUCCAAAGCUCUCGCUUGGCAUUAGCAAUUUCGAAUUGUUCCGGUCGAUAGGUUUCACCGGUGACAUUCGGGCAUUCUCAAUCAUCAUGAACAACGUCAACCAAGAGCUAGAGUUGAUGAAAACAAUGUUUAGAUUCGCUUGCGAGGCGAAUCAAAUUGGUUUCAUCGAAUUUUUCAUGGCGCGUCAGAGUGUUAGAUGGAUAUUCCCCAUGACUCCAGAUUGGCCGGUCAUCAAGACCAUCUUAGAUUACAGAGAGACUCAGAAGUCCUAUGAUUUCAAAUACACUACCGACAGUAUUUUCUCACAGAUCAUCAAAUAUGGUAACACUCACAUAAUCUCGAAACUCAUGGAGAACCAAAAGCACAUGGAGAUUUUCAAACAAUACCAAUUAUUGCCAUCCGAUAUUAAAGCAAUGGAAAAAAGUCAAUUGUUUGAUUUCAUGAUUGAUCUCAUUCAGAUCUAUCCAAAUGAUAAAAUUAAUCUUGAGAAUGCAGUCAAAAGAUCAAAAAAAUAUUUUACAAACACUAGCAGCAGUAAUAAUGAUAUUUUACCAACUAAAAAGCCAAGCAAGGCUUCAAAAAGAAAAAUUAGAUUUUCAAGAUCUAUUGAUGAUUAA